AGCGCGCGAGCUGCUGCAGCAGUGACAGAUCUGCGGAUAUAAACAAAUGCACGCAUUUUGUCACGGAGUCUCUCACAAACCUAUUGAGGAUUUAUUUAUUUUAUAACACCUUUGUGGCACUUUAUUUCUCAUGUUGCUGAAAACUAGCCGCUUUUAGGAGCUGGGGUUCAUGUUAAAGCUUUGUAUUUUAAACUAGUUCUGUAUGUGUGAGGGAGAAUUCAGGUGGCAAUGACAGAGCUGAGGAAGCGCGGUGGUGGAGCGGGAGGAGAUCCGGACAGCACGGACAAUAUUAGCGACAAGGAAGCAGAUGGAGAGGACAGACUGGGUCUGGCCAGUGAAGGGGAAGGGGACACGGAGGGCGAGUGUAAAGCGCACACUCCUGACAUGCCGCCGUCCACUGAUGACACUCCACAAUGUCUCAACAAAGCCCUGGAGGGCCUGUCAAGCAGAUGGAAGAACUGGUGGGUGCGAGGGAUUUUAUCACUUACAAUGAUCAUAGGCUUUUUUCUCAUCAUCUAUUUGGGACCCAUUAUGCUUAUAUUUGUGGUUAUGGGUGUUCAAAUCAAGUGUUUUCAUGAAAUCAUAACCAUCGGAUAUAGAGUUUACCAUUCCUAUGAACUUCCAUGGUUCAGAACACUGAGCUGGUACUUUUUGAUUUGUGUCAACUACUUCUUUUAUGGGGAGACGGUAGCGGAUUACUUUGGUGCAUUAGUCCAAAGGGAGGAACCCUUGCAGUUCCUUGUUCGUUAUCAUCGUUUUAUUUCUUUCACUUUGUACUUAGCAGGUUUCUGCAUGUUUGUUCUGAGCUUAGUGAAGAAGCAUUACCGCCUGCAGUUUUAUAUGUUUGCUUGGACCCAUGUGACUCUGUUGAUUGUGGUAACUCAGUCUCACCUGGUCAUUCAGAAUCUUUUUGAAGGAAUGAUCUGGUUUAUUGUACCAAUAUCAAUCGUCAUCUGUAAUGACAUCAUGGCUUACCUGUUUGGCUUCUUCUUUGGAAGAACACCUCUGAUUAAGCUCUCUCCGAAGAAGACCUGGGAAGGCUUUAUUGGAGGCUUCUUUGCCACAGUGGUCUUUGGCUUCAUUUUUGCCUACCUGCUGGCCCAGUACCAGUACUUUGUCUGUCCGGUAGAGUACAACAGUGAGACUAAUCGUUUUGCGGUGGAGUGUGAACCCUCAGACCUUUUUGUGAUGCAGGAGUACAAACUGCCUUCGAUGGUGCAGAAUGUCGUGAGAUGGAAAACGGUGAACUUAUACCCAUUUCAGAUUCACAGCAUCGCUCUCUCCUCGUUUGGCUCACUGAUCGGACCAUUCGGUGGCUUCUUUGCCAGCGGAUUCAAAAGAGCUUUUAAAAUCAAAGAUUUUGCAAACACCAUUCCUGGACAUGGUGGAAUCAUGGACCGCUUUGACUGUCAGUAUCUGAUGGCCACAUUUGUCCAUGUUUACAUAGCAAGCUUUAUCAGGGGUCCAAACCCCAGUAAGGUGCUACAGCAGCUGCUGGUCCUGCAGCCCGCACAGCAGCUCAGCAUUUUCAACACGCUGCGCAACCACCUGAAAGAGAAGGGCAUGCUGCCUCCUGCUGUGUCCGAGGAAUAAAGAAACACUUAUUUAUUCUCCACUUUCAGAUAGAAAAGUACGGUUUUACACAACAGUGAAUGCACAGCUGUCUCUGGAAAAUCUAGACUGUGCAGUGAGUGGACUUUACCUCACAUUUCUCCUGCACAAACAGCUCUACAAAAAAAUGUGACCAGAAGAGGUCAUCAUCUUCUUCUCCUUCUUCCUCCUUCUCGCCUCCUCUUCUUUCUCCUUUACUGAACUGCAUGUUAGAUAUGUCUUCUGACAAACAGAAGAAAAGACGGAAGCACACAAAAAGUGAAAGGGCUGAAGAGGGUUGAAAGUAAAAAUCGAAAGUUCUCGACGCCGAGUUCAGGGUUUGCACUGAUUUUUAAAUAUGAUUGUAUAUGACGUCUGAUUGAACACCAGAAAUAGUAUGUGUAGCUUCUGGCAGAAAUUUAAGCUGUCACACUGGGUUUGUGAGCAUGCUAAUCAAUUUGCAGGAUUAGCAUGAUGAUAAUCGCAUCGACUGCACAAAUAAUCAACAGAUUUAUCUAAAACAGCAUGAGCCGUACAAGUUACUUCUGAAAGAAGCCCUUUUUUUUUCCUUUAGUUAUAUACUGGACAAUUCCAAAAGCUGUAGGACCUACCGUUGAGAACUACACACUUGUAGUUGUAUUAAUGUAAAUAGAUAUAGAAUAUAUAAAAUAAUUUACACUAUAGUAUAUAACAGUUAUGAGACUCAAAAUCCUAUAUAUGUUAUAGGAAUGAAAAUAUAUGCAAACACUAGAUUUAACUUUAAAAAAAAAAAUAGAUUUAGCAUGAUUAUGUUUCUGUGUGAAGGAUAAUUAUGGUGAGUAAGUUAGUUUUGUUUUUACAGAAGAUCAGAAUAAAACACUCAAGUUAUUUGUAGUGCACUACAAGAAAAAAAAAUCAGUUUUUUAUCAGCGACAAAUGAUGUCUUGUGGUAGAAUCUGUGUGUCUUUCAUGGCGAUAGUUUGAAAAACAGUGUGAAGUAGAUAAAAUGCAAGCAUUAACUGUUAACUUCUCUGGUAGCCAUAUUGUGUGUUACAUUAACUAACGCAAUUAUAGCAGCAGCAACAAUAACAACAAAAGAGGAGACAUCCCUCUUGUACCAAAGCACUCUACAUGUUAGUGUCUCGAAUAGAUCACACUAUCUACUGAUCAGGAUAGAACCUAAAAGAUAUUCAUACUGAAAUACUGAAAAAGGUGAGAGUUUAAUAUUUAGUUAAAACUGAAUAUGUUCUGCUCGGUGCGCUUGUUGCAACAGAAGUUGACUUGGUGGAGUUUUGGUACCAGAACUU